UGAGAGUCGCUGUGUUGCGCUAAAUGCUCAACAGGAGCGAGACCCGUUUGACGAGACGGACUGUUUUUAAAGAUGAGUGUUAGUAUUCAGCCUCAUUCCUCCACUGAAACCGUCCCCUGCGCGCAUGGGACGCGCACUUCUUUCGAUCAGACAGGCGAAGAAACGCGGAACGACUUGAGACCAGGCCGAUAAAGUGAUGAUAUAAGUUUUUGUUGAUGGUGUAUUUUCAUCACAUAGGCCACAGAAUGAGAGGCUGAAGGGAAAAACCCACUGGACUUAAUUUACUUGACUAAACAGGCUUUUGUAGUUGUCGGUGGAUAAAUAAGCGCACAAUGGACCAGGAGGACACUUUGGACUUUAAGGCUCUGAGGGCCAAGUUCCAGGAUGAAGAACUCCUCCUGAAGCAACCAAAGAUCAAACCUGCUCUCCCAGAGAAACCAAAGGUCGUCCCCCCGCCUCAGAGCCCCCCUCAUUACCUGCCUGCAGGAGCGCGCCCCUCCCUGCUCACCUCCAUCAACCAGAGUUUGGAAGGAAAAUCACAGAUCGCCCCCAGAGUGGUCUUCAAGGAUGAGAAGAAGGAGAGCAAAAAGCCUCUGAUCCAGAAUAACUCAAAGGGAAAGGACAAGAGUGAAGGGAAGCUGAAAGUGGGAAAAGACAAGACAAAAGGAAACAAAGAGAAGCCUGAUGACAAUGAUUCAUCAGAUCAGAAGCAGAAGAAGGAGAACGGUAAAGACAAGAAGCUCACAGCAGAGCUGGUGCCCGCCACGCCUCCACCUAAAGCCACAACACCAAAGAAGAAGGGUUUCCUUGGUUUCAAGAAGUCAGUAAAAAGAGAUUCAAUGGAGGUCCCAGCUGACCCCAUCUUAGACACCCCCAGUUCGGACGUUCCUGGAUCAGUUCCGCUGAUCCCAGUACCUUCUGACUUUGGUGACAAACCACUAGAGCCUGAAAUCUCUGCACCAAAGGCCCUACUGCCAAACAUCCCCGCCUUGCCUGACUCCAGUACUACAACAGAAACCACCCCACCCUCCAUUAUCCCUGCUUCUCCCGAUUUCAUGCCACCUCCUGCCUUUAUUCCUGAUUUCCCAGCUCCUAAGGUCCCAACCCUAGAGAGUGAAACCCCACUUGAUAUAGAAACUCCUGCCCUGUCCAUUCCCAGACCUGCCAGCCAAAAUGAAAUCAUACCCAGUCCACCCAGCACUGUCUCAACCCCGCCACCCACCCGUGCUAUCUCUGGCCCUCCUCCAGUGGCCUCCACUCCAUCUCCAUCACCUCCUGAGCCUGAGAUAGCAGCUGAGGCUGGUACAGAGGCUGUAAAUGUAGCUGCAGUGGAGAAUCCUUCUCCUCCGGUCACAGACUCUCCAUCCAUCCCGCCUUCACCCAAAGCUGAACGUCCGAUCUCAGCGCUCUCAGCCCUGGAGAGGGCGGAGGACAUGAACCUAGGGAAACGGACUGUCACGGCUGACCAGAGAAUUUUCAAUGCUCUGGAGAAGGCACGCAGGAAGACUGCCAGCCCACCGACAAACCCCACCGCAGCCUACUCGAUCACCCCUCCACCUGAGGAACUUCCCCCUCCUCAGAGCUCCACCCGCUCUUUCCCAGUGCUCCCACCCAUUGAUUAUGAGGAUCGCGCAGGGAACGCCCUCUCACCGAAACCAGAGCAAGUUAACGGCAUUGACCACCGACAAGCCUCUCCAGUGUUGGAGGGCAUCACUGGGGAGGGGACUGAUGUUGUCCCAGAGCUGUUGGUGGUGCCCCCUCCUCCUCCCAGGAAGAUCCUCCCAGACCCACGUUCUCUGGGUCCGUCCCCAGAGAAGUCUGCCAGACCGUCCUCUGUGAAUAUGAGUGAAUUCAUCCAUCCUCCCCCUGUGGAAGAAAACGAGAUCCCUGCUUCACCCGAGUUCUUAAAGACGGAGAUCGCAGAUGUCCCAGAGUUUGACGAUGUGGCUUCAAACGCCCAUUCUCCAGAGCUGCCUGUGUUAGAGUGGGGGGAUGGGGAGUACCCAGAUACUCCAGAUGGACAGAACCUUUCAGAGUUUUACGACAACGAGAUAACUGUGCCAGGAGCAGCACUUGGAGACGAAUACCACGAUAAUCCACUGCCAGAAUCUUCUUUCCCUGUCACUCAAGAGUCUCCACCAAUGACAGGGCCUGAAGCUGAAGUUGGCAACGGUUUGUAUGAGAGUACAGAAAAUGUCUAUGAGGACAUUACCACGUCUGCCACCAAAAAGAAAGGGAAGACUGACGGUGGCAAGAAACGCAAAGGACCACCAAAGAAUCCAUAUGCUGAGGCAGCACAGGAAACCAAUGAAGAGAAGAGCAAGACGGGCAGGUUCGGCAAGAGCGACAAGAAAGCCGCUGCAGAGGGGCCGGAUGAGAAAGAGCUGAAAAAGAAAGAGAAGCAGCGCCUGGAAAAGGAGAGGAAGGAGCUCAAGGAGAAACAGGAACGGGAGAAGAAAGAGCAGAAAGAGAGGGAAAAGAAGGAGAAUGAGAUGAAGAAGAAAUUCAAAAUCACAGGACACGAAGAUGCCAUGUACCAGGCAACGGUGACUGUAACAACAAAAGGACGGAAGAACGAUCUGCCCGUCAAGAGCGGUGACACCGUCAGCAUCAUCCGCACAACCAACUGUCCCAAAGGGAAGUGGCUGGCCAGGGACAGCAGCAACAACUAUGGGUAUGUUGCGGUGGAUCAUGUGGAGCUAGACAUCAAGGAGAUGUUGGAGCUGGGGAAGAAGACUGCAAUCAGCCGCAAGAGCAGCAGCAGCAAUGUUAUCGAGGGAGAGGUCACCAGUACAGGGAGCAGGGCGUCAAAUCACUAUCCACUAUCAGCAGAAAGCUUCACAGAUGACAGCGAGGAGUGGACCGGUGAUGAUGAUGAAACUCUCUCCCCUGUGACUGAAGCUGCAGAUCCACUGCCUCCAGUGGGCCACACCAGGACACUCUCCAUGCCAGACAUGGGAAAUAAAGACCUUAGCAUAAACCACCAGCACAGUCACAGUGACAUCAGCGCAGACGGCUCCCACAUCCAAGCAAGACAUGAAGCACUUCAGAAGUUGGCGACGUUUUUCCAUUCACCUGAACCUGUGGAGCCAGCUUCCAUUAGCAGUGAAGUGGAGACAAGUCCUGUGCUCGUGAAGGAAGAAGCAGUUCACCUGCCUGAGGCGAAUGCAACACAGGAAGUGGAUUUUAAUCAUCCUGAGAUGCUCAUCUUACCUCCUCCUGACCUGUACGCUGACCUGACCACACAGUAAUUAUUGGAAAACAAGCAGUCAGGCAGAAGAAUCAGGAUUUGUCUGUGGUGUUGCUCUUCACACUGUGACCUGUGUCACUCACCUAAUACUGUGACAAUAACCUCAUCCUCUGGACUAUGACUUUAUUAAGCUGAUGACCGUGUUUGUGGAUCAAUGUGAUGAUUUACAAGAGGAACAGGAUUUUUCGACAAGUGAUCUCUCAGCCACCAGAAAUCUUCCUGUGCUGUUUCUUGAGGCACCCAGUGUGAGACCUGUGAGGGACAGUCUGUCUGGUGGCUCUGAGUGAACUAAGAACCAAGGUGGACGUCUGAUCCCAGAGAAGGACUGAGAAACUGUUGGAGACACACACACAGGUCUUCUGUGGUUCUGUGACCCCGGAGGCUCUUGUGGGGAAAAUUACACACUUGUGCAAAUGUCAUGUGCAAAUAGCACAAAGACGGAUCUAUUUAAAGUAGUGGAAAUAAGAGGGGGUCAAUGGCAAAUUUUCUUAUUUUUGUUUUCUCAGAUUAGUGUAUGUUUAUUGUCAAUGCACCAUCUUUAGGGAACACAGAGGACUCCUGCAGUGAAAAACAGGUUGAACUUGUUUACCUAUCCUGUUUAGCCAUGUGUUUAGUAAUCAGUAGUCCUUCUUCCACCACGCGGUUGAUCUGGAGGAUCAAAUAUCAAUCCACAGAUGAGGGUUGGAGCGCAAGAACCAGUGGAAGUUAUCAAUGUCUGAAUAUUUAUCUAAUGCCACACGGAGCAGUGUAAAGGGUCGGAUGAAAUGAGUGUCCUACACACACAUAUUACCAGUUUGCAGUGUUGGUAAGGAGUAAAUAGCUACAUAGCUAAUAAACUUAACAGAUUUUUAGGUUUGGUCGUCAGUGAUAGUUAUGUGAUGUGACCUAUUUUCAUUAAUUCCAUGCUGCAGGACUCUGAUUAACUCUUUUAAAACCACCUUCAAUGUUUAGUUUUAAGUGUUGAUAUUAUUGUGCUUUCUUUUUUUUUUUUUGUACUUGAACAAAGUUUUUUUCUACUUUGUAAUUUUAUGUCCUCUCAUUAUUUUGUGAACGCAUUAUUGUGGAGUAUGGCAGUACCUAAGUAACAUAUGAGAUUAACAUAAUAGUUAUCUUUAAUGGCAAACAAAUAAACAACAUAAUGGAGCAUAAUCUAAAAUAUAAAACGAACGAACUCUGCUGGUACCAGUUGCUAUAUACUGGUCACAGUUGCAGCUUCUAAAGGGAAACAUCAUCUGUGACAUUAUGUCCUUUACGUGUUAUGGAGCUUAUGUCUGGCAGUGCCUCCUAUUUUUCUGGGACUUUCCCUCAAGCUAAUGAAUAAUAAGUAUUACAGAAAGAGAAGGAAGCAAAGCAGUGAUGAUCAACCGAGGCCGUGACCAUGCAAGAAUAUUGUUGUUGACAUCUAUGGGUGCAUUAUAAUCCUCUGUGACGGGUGUGUGUGUGUGUGUGUGUGUGUGUGUGUGUGAGAAUGUGUAAAACUUCCAAACUGAUAAGACAGAAACAUUUUCCUUUUUAUAUGUUUGUUUAU